AUGAGCGCCCUGCCGGCGAAGGCCCCGGGCCGUCCGGCCGGGGGAGCGGCGGCGGCGGCGGCGGGGGCUCCCGCACCGUCGGCGUCGGCGUCGGCGUCGGUUCCCGGUCCGGAGAUCCCCGAGGUGCUGCUGGACCCCCGCAGCCGGCGCCGCUUCGCGCGCGGCCGCUUCCUGGGCAAGGGCGGCUUCGCCAAGUGCUUCGAGCUGACCGACCUGGACAGCCGGGAGGUGUUCGCCGGCAAGAUCGUGCCCAAGGCCCUGCUGCUCAAGCCGCACCAGAAGGAGAAGAUGUCCAUGGAGAUCUCCAUCCACAAGAGCCUGCUCCACCGCCACGUGGUGGGCUUCCACUGCUUCUUCGAGGACGACGACUUCGUCUUCGUCGUGCUGGAGCUCUGUCGGAGGAGGUCUUUGCUGGAGCUGCAUAAGCGUCGGAAGGCGGUGACGGAGCCCGAAGCGCGCUACUACCUGCGCCAGAUCAUCCUGGGCUGCCAGUACCUGCACCGCACCCGAGUCAUCCACCGGGACCUCAAGCUGGGCAACCUCUUCCUCAACGAUGACAUGGAGGUCAAAAUAGGUGACUUUGGCUUGGCCACCAAAGUAGAAUAUGAGGGGGAGCGGAAGAAGACCCUGUGUGGAACACCCAAUUACAUUGCCCCCGAGGUUCUGGGCAAGAAGGGACACAGCUUUGAAGUGGACGUCUGGUCCAUCGGUUGUAUUAUGUACACUUUGCUGGUAGGCAAACCGCCCUUUGAAACAUCUUGCUUAAAAGAGACAUAUAUCAGAAUUAAGAAGAACGAAUACAGCAUUCCCAAGCACGUCAACCCCGUGGCCGCCUCCCUGAUCCAGAAGAUGCUGCGGCUGGACCCCUCCACCCGCCCCACCGUCGUGGAGCUGCUCAACGACGAGUUCUUCACCUCGGGCUACAUCCCCGCCCGGCUGCCCACCACCUGCCUCACCAUAGCCCCCAGAUUCUCCAUCGCUCCCAACAGCCUGGACCACAGCGGCCGCAAGCCGCUCACCGUCCUCAACAAAGGACCGGACAGCCCCGUGGUGGAGAAGGUGCCGGAUAAGGAGGAGGCGGCCCCCCGGGAGCAGGGCGAGCCCACGGACUACCACCUUCCCGACAUGCUGCAGCAGCUGACCAGCGUCAACGUGGCCAAGCCCUCUGAGCGGAGGCUGGUGAAGCAAGAGGAGGCCGAGGACCCCGCCUGCAUCCCCAUCUUCUGGGUCAGCAAAUGGGUGGACUAUUCAGACAAAUAUGGUUUAGGCUACCAGCUGUGUGACAACAGCGUGGGCGUCUUGUUCAACGACUCGACGCGGCUCAUCAUGUACAACGACGGGGACAGCCUGCAGUACAUCGAGCAGGACGGCACCGAGUCCUACCUCACCGUGCGCUCCUACCCCUCCACGCUCACCAAGAAGAUCACACUGCUCAAGUACUUCCGCAACUACAUGAGCGAGCACCUGCUCAAGGCCGGAGCCAACAUCACCCCGCGGGAGGGGGACGAGCUGGCCCGUCUGCCCUACCUGCGCACCUGGUUCCGCACCCGCAGUGCCAUCGUCCUGCACCUGAGCAACGGCACCGUGCAGAUCAACUUCUUCCAGGAUCACACGAAGCUGAUCCUGUGUCCCCUGAUGGCGGCCGUGACGUACAUCGACGAGAAGCGUGACGUCCGGACGUACAAGCUGAGCCUCAUCGAGGAGCACGGCUGCUGCCGCGAGCUGGCCAACCGGCUCCGCUAUGCCCGCACCAUGGUGGACAAGCUGCUCAGCUCCAAGUCGGCCGGGGCCCGGCUCAAGGCCUCGGCUUGAAGCGGGCCCCGAGGCCCCCGGCCCCACCCCGGAUCUCUCGCCUCCUCCGCCCGUGCGCCAGGAUCCCCGGCCGCGGCCGGGCCGCGGAGCCGGCGCCGGGCGGGCGCGUGCGCGGUCCGGACCGGCUCCAGACCCUCCUCCCCUCCCGCUCUCUGCGGGGAGAUGUUCUCAGAAGGUUCGGCAUCAACCGAGGAAACUCAGGUCCAGGCCUGCCCCCUCCCUCGCCCCGGCCCCGGCCCGGCAGGGGGAAGUUACCAUGUAAGUUAUUUGUACAUCUUGGUGUAUGUCUGGGCGCCUCAGGUUUCUGCCUCCUUGAAUUGUAUAGAGAUUUUUUUAAAAAAAUGAAAACCAACUUGUGCCGUGAAGCCUGAGGACUCAGCUUCUUAAACAUUAAAGAUGAUAAGUUUGUACCCAAUUAAACUUUUUGUAUAUUACCUGGCA